GAGGGAGGGAGGGAGGUAAGGAGGGAGGGCCGUGUGCAUGACAUCAUUCCCUCAGCUUCCCUGCGCGGACACAGCUCUGGUUUCUCCCGAGUACGCACGGUGGCUGCUGCUGCUGCUCCUGCUCCUGCUGCUGCUGGUGCUGAGGGAGCGACUCCUCCUGCCGUACCCAGACGCGUCCUGAGCAAGCUGCGCUCCUGGUGUGGAUUUUUCUUUUUUCUAAAACAUUAUUGAAGCCCGCAGAGGAGCCCCGCUCCUCACCGGACCUGGCGCAGGAACGCACGCAUUUAACGCACUCGCGUUCGGGGGAUUAUUGCUUGUUUUCAUGAUGAAGAUGUGACGGCUUUAAGAGGCGUGAAGAAAAAUAAAGGAACUCCGGGAUCUGACAAAGGUACCAGUGACUGAUAAAGAAGGAGAAGAGAAGAAGGAAGAAAGAAAAAAAGAAGAUAUGAAGUGACAGGUUCUUGAAAACAACCCAGCGAGUGUCCAAGUCCUCCUGUGUGAAGACACCAAGCUUCGCUGAGCAGCUGGGGCCUCAACUUUCCAGCCAGGUCCACUGUCAGGCCCACCCCACCCCUCCCUGCCCCCCCUUCCCCAACAGGAGCCAAGAUGGCCACCAUCGGUGUCUGUCGCUUCUCCCUGCCGCUCCUGCUGCCUCUCUUCACGUUGCUGCUAUCCUUGCUGCUCACCAAUGCCCACGCCUUAGCUCCACCACGAUUCACUAAAGUUCCUGUUGACCAGACUGGUGUCUCAGGCGGCGUGGUUUCCUUUGUCUGCCAGGCAACAGGUGAUCCCAAACCAAGAGUUAGCUGGAACAAGAAAGGCAAGAAGGUCAACUCCCAGCGCAUAGAGACCAUUGAGUUUGACGAGGGUGCUGGAGCCGUCCUCAGGAUCCAGCCUCUGAGAGCGCCACGUGAUGAGAACACCUACGAGUGCGUGGCGGAGAACAGCGAGGGCGAGAUCACAGUCAAUGCCCAGCUGUCCAUCAUCCGAGAGGACUUACUCCCAUCAGGGUUCCCUAACAUCGACAUGGGCCCUCAGCUGAAAGUUGUGGAGCGAACUCGAACAGCCACCAUGCUGUGUGCUGCCAGUGGCUCCCCUGACCCAGAAAUCACCUGGUACAAAGACUUCCUGCCCAUCGAUCCCAGUGCAAGUAACGGCCGCAUCAAACAGCUACGCUCAGAAGUAUUUGAGGGUACCCCGAUUCGAGGUGCCUUGCAGAUCGAGAACAGCGAGGAGACGGACCAGGGGAAGUACGAGUGCGUAGCGUCUAAUGUGGAAGGCGUGCGCUACUCGUCCCCCGCUAACCUUUAUGUGCGAGAGCUUCGAGAAGUCCGACGGGUGCCUCCUCGCUUCUCCAUUCCACCAACAAGUCAGGAAAUUAUGCCUGGUGGCAGUGUGAACAUAACGUGUGUUGCAGUGGGUUCGCCCAUGCCUUACGUCAAGUGGAUGCUGAACUCAGAGGACCUGACACCAGAGGAUGAGAUGCCGGUGGGCAGAAAUGUUCUGGAACUGAGCAGUGUUCGUGAGUCAGCCAACUACACCUGUGUAGCCAUGAGCAGCCUGGGCAUCAUAGAAGCAGUGGCACAGAUCACUGUGAAAUCUCUCCCCAAGCCCCCAGGCACACCUGUGGUCAGUGAAACCACUGCCACCAGUGUGACCAUUACCUGGGACUCAGGCAACCCAGACCCAGUGACUUACUACAUCAUCCAGUACAGAGCUAAGUCUCCAGACAGUAAGUACGAGACAGUGGAUGACAUCACCACAACGCGGUACAGCAUCGGCGGUCUGUACCCCAACACGGAGUACGAAAUCCGUGUCUCGGCUGUUAACACAAUCGGCCAGGGUCCACCCAGUGAGCCGGUGGAAACUCGGACUGGAGAACAAGCUCCAGCCAGUCCACCGCGGAACAUUCAGGCCCAGAUCAUUUCCCAGAACACCAUGAUGGUGCGCUGGGAAGAACCCGAGGAGCCCAACGGGCAGAUCAAGGGCUAUCGCGUUUAUUACACCAUGGACGACUCACAGCCUAUGAGCCUCUGGCAAAUUCACAAUGUUCAGGACAGCAUCAUUACUACUAUUCAAAGUCUAGUUCCUCAAGAGACCUACGCAAUCAAAGUCCUGGCCUUCACCUCUGUCGGAGACGGACCCUUCUCAGAGCCCAUCCACGUCAAGGUUUUGCAAGGAGUUCCAGGUCAACCCUCCAAAUUCCGCCCGGGUGCUGUGGCUGACACCAGCAUCGAACUGACCUGGGAACCCGCCUAUGAAAAGGAAGGAAUUAUAAGUUAUGAACUUCGCUACUCAGAAGUCAGCUUUGGCUCCCAGCAAAUGAAGAAAACAUUUGGACCCACCUCCUCGUACGUGGUGGAGGGGCUGCAACCGAACACAGAGUACCAAUUCACCCUGGCAGCUAUUUCAAACAAAGGCAUCGGAGCCUUCACCAAUGACGUAUCGCAGAAGACCUUGCAAGCCAAGCCCUCAGCCCCCCCUCAAGACAUUAAGUGCACCAGCACCAGCUCUACCACCCUGCUGGUAAGUUGGCAACCCCCACCUUUGAGGAGUCAAAAUGGGGCCCUGGCGGGGUAUAAGGUGCACUACCAAGUGGUGAGCCCAACAGAAGGUGGCGCUGAUGACAUGGAGGCCACGGAGGAGCCGGCCGUGUCCACCACUGUAGAGCACGUGCAGCUGGAGCGGCUGGAGAAGUGGACCCAGUACCGCGUCACUGUGUCCGCUUUCACUGUGAUUGGUCCAGGUCCUGAGAGUGAGCCCCUCAUCUGCCGCACUGAUGAAGAUGUUCCAGGGGCUCCUCCCAGGAGAGUAGAGGUGGAAGUCCUCAACUCCACAGCAGUGAAGGUUAUGUGGCGUUCCCUGAUGCCAGGGAAGCAGCACGGCCAGAUCCGUGGCUACCAGGUCCACUAUGUUCGGGUGGAGAAUGGAGAGUCGAGGGGCCUGCCCCUCAUCAAGGAUGUCAUGCUGGCUGACGCUCAGUGGGAAACGGACGAUAUCGCUGAAUAUGAAAUGGUCAUUGGAGGACUUAAGCCAGACACCACAUACUCCAUCACAGUGGCAGCGUACACCACCAAAGGUGACGGAGCUCGGAGCAAACCAAAGCUGGUGGUGACCAAAGGGGCAGUGCCCGGUCCUCCCAACCUAUCAGUGACUCAGGACACGGCGACCUCAGCUAUAGUUCGCUGGGACCCUCCAGACCUGACCAAUGGGAUGGACCUGCAGGGUUACCGGCUCCAGUUCGGCCGGAAAGAUGUCUCCCCUUUGGCCACACUUGAAUUUGCUCUCCAAGAGCGGCAGUACUCUGUGGGCAACAUCCACCAGGGGGCCACUUAUAUCUUUAAAAUCUCAGCCAAGAGCAGGGGGGGCUUUGGGGAAGAGGCUGUUGUGGAACUAAGUGUGCCUGAAAAUACACCAGGGGGAUACCCUCAAAUUAAGGAGGGCUCCAUCGUGACAUGCUGCUCAGUGCAGCUGUCAUGGUCGCCGCCGGUGCUGGCAGAGAGAAACGGUGUAAUCACAAAGUACACUUUGGCCUACAAAGAAACCGGUGCCAAUGCAGCAGCGCGGGAGCUGCACUUACCCCCCAACCUGUCCGACUACGUACUCAACAGCCUUAAACCGAACUCGGCCUAUGAUGUGAAAAUUCGUGCACACACCAUUGUAGGUCCAGGGCCCUACAGUCCGCCUAUCCACUAUCGGACGGGGGCCUCUGAUCCAGCAGAUGUUCCAAAGAAUUUCACUGUCAAAUGGGCCACCAAAAACACAGUGGUUCUCGCAUGGAAGUUUUCUGUGAGCAGGUCUUCAUACAAAUGCACGAUCGAAUACAACCGUCAAAAAAUGGAUGUGGACGCCAGGCAGCUGAGGGUGUUAAUCACUGGGCUGAGGCACAACACCACCUAUGAGUUUAGGGUGACCUGCCAAGAAAGCAUGGACGGCGGGCCAAGGCAUCGCGUGGUGGCCAGAACUGCUCCACUUAUCCUGCUUAAAAAACCCAAGCUGGACCUCUUUGCUGAGUCUGACAGCACACUCACCAUGUCUUUCCCAACAGUCGAUAUCCAGGAUGUAAAGAAUUUCUAUGUGGUGGUGGUUCCUCUCAGGAAAACAGCUGUAGCUGUUAAAAACCUGAAGAACCCCGAUGAAUUAGACAUAGAAGAGCUAUUGCGAGAGAUUACGCCGAAGCGUCGCUCCCGCCGUCAGCUGGCGCAGCUGGACCAGAAGAAACCCUACAUCACAGCCUGCUUCAGGCAGCUGCCGUCCAGCUUCACAGUGGGCCACGAUCAUCUCCACAGCAGCUGUGAGAACAAGCCUCUCGAACCAGGCCAGCAGUACGUUUUCUUCCUGCUGGUGGAACUCAACACCACCACAGGGAAAAUGUUUGCCACCAGCCCUUACACUGAUACGGUGAUGACCCCUGAGCGGAUGGUGGACCCCCUGCCAGUGGAGACCGGUGAUGGGCUCAUAUGGGUGGUGGGGCCGGUCCUGGCUGUGGUCUUCAUCAUCUGCAUUGUCAUCGCUAUUCUGCUUUAUAAAAACAAACCUGACAGUCGCAAAAGAAAAGAGUCAGAGCCACGCACCAAGUGUUUGCUGAACAACGCAGACAUCACACCACACCACCCUACAGACCCCGUGGAGAUGAGACGCAUUAACUUCCAAACUGCAGAUUCUGGUCUGAGCAGUCCUCAGAGUGACGCAGAGUUUGACUAUGAAAGCAUGAUGAAUCAUCCUCCUAUUCCUAUCUCAGAGCUGGCUGAGCACACAGAGCUUCUUAAGGCCAACGACAACCUCAAGCUCUCACAGGAAUAUGAGUCUAUUGAUCCCGGCCAGCAGUUCACCUGGGAACACUCCAAUCUGGAGGUAAACAAGCCCAAAAAUCGUUACGCCAACGUCAUCGCCUACGACCACUCCCGUGUCAUCCUGGCUCCCAUCGACGGUAUCACCGGCAGCGACUACAUCAACGCCAACUACAUUGACGGUUACAGGAAGCAGAACGCCUACAUCGCCACACAGGGUCCUUUAUCAGAGACGUUCGGAGACUUCUGGAGGAUGGUGUGGGAACAGAGGGCAGCCACUGUGGUCAUGAUGACCAGACUGGAGGAGAAGUCACGGAUUAAAUGUGACCAGUACUGGCCAAGUCGUGGCACAGAAACGUAUGGAAUGACCCAAGUGACUCUGCUGGACACGAUAGAACUAGCCACUUUCUGCGUCCGCACUUUCUCCUUGCACAAGAAUGGCUCUAGUGAGAAGCGGGAGGUUCGUCAGUUCCAGUUCACGGCGUGGCCUGAUCACGGUGUUCCAGAAUAUCCAACCCCCUUCCUGGCGUUCCUCCGUAGAGUGAAGACCUGUAACCCACCUGACGCAGGCCCCAUCAUCGCUCACUGCAGCGCCGGAGUCGGGCGGACGGGCUGCUUCAUCGUCAUCGACGCCAUGCUUGAGCGUAUCAAGCACGAGAAGACGGUCGACAUUUACGGCCACGUGACGCUGAUGCGGUCACAGCGGAACUACAUGGUGCAGACGGAGGACCAGUACAGCUUCAUCCACGAUGCCCUGCUGGAGGCAGUGGCCUGUGGCAACACUGAGGUGGCCGCCAGGAGCCUCUAUUCCUACAUCCAGAAGCUGGCCCAGGUUGAGAGCGGAGAGCAUGUCACUGGCAUGGAGCUGGAAUUCAAGCGUUUGGCCAACUCCAAAGCUCACACCUCACGUUUCAUCAGUGCCAACAUUCCCUAUAACAAGUUCAAGAACCGACUGGUCAACAUCAUGCCCUACGAGACCUCACGCGUCAGCCUUCAGCCAAUAAGAGGCGUGGAAGGAUCUGAUUACAUCAAUGCUAGUUUCAUUGAUGGAUACAGGCAACAGAGGGCCUACAUUGCCACACAGGGACCUCUGGCAGAGACCACAGAAGACUUCUGGAGAAUGCUCUGGGAGAACAAUUCAACCAUUGUAGUCAUGUUGACCAAACUGAGAGAGAUGGGACGGGAAAAAUGUCACCAGUACUGGCCCGCUGAGCGCUCCGCCCGGUAUCAGUACUUUGUGGUGGAUCCCAUGGCGGAGUACAACAUGCCCCAGUACAUCCUCAGAGAGUUCAAGGUCACGGAUGCCAGGGAUGGCCAGUCAAGGACAGUAAGGCAGUUCCAGUUCACCGAUUGGCCAGAGCAAGGCGUCCCCAAAUCUGGCGAGGGAUUCAUCGAUUUUAUCGGCCAGGUCCAUAAAACCAAGGAGCAGUUUGGACAGGACGGACCAAUCUCUGUCCACUGCAGCGCCGGUGUCGGCAGAACUGGAGUCUUCAUCACCCUCAGCAUCGUCUUGGAGAGAAUGCGUUACGAAGGAGUGGUUGAUAUCUUCCAGACUGUGAAGAUGCUCCGGACGCAGAGACCAGCUAUGGUCCAGACUGAGGACGAGUAUCAGUUCUGCUACCACGCGGCCCUGGAGUACUUAGGAAGCUUUGAUCACUAUGCAACGUAAAAAGCCAUCUCUGCCCACAGAGUCCUGUCGCCCCCCUCCCCGACCCCCCCAACAGUCUCCUGAGCCAUAGAAACUCUGAAAGCAGGCACUAACUCCACCACUAAUUUACAAAAACACAAAACAGGAGCCUACCCAAGGUCGUGGCCAAAAUUGAAUGAAGAUUUCACAGCCAAUUUAAUCAGGAACUCAGCCAAGAAAAAGGGUGGAAUAUUUCUUCCAUCCUUAAGAAAAAGAAAAUCCCCGUCAGGAAAAGGAACCAGAAGUCGUGGCUCAAGCUGUGGGGCAACAUUCGAUCAAAGUGUCAGACUGCUUACUUUACCUCAAGUGUUUCAAUGUGGAGGACGUUGUAAACAUUCGUGGACUUUUCUCGUCUAAAAAAAUCUCUUUGUGAUACAGUGAUAGUGAACAACACCUGAUGAAGGAGAAGGCAGUGGGAGGGGAGUCAAGGAGAGGCAAAUGGAUGCAGCCAUGAACGGGUGACUUUUUUUACAGACUUGGGGUUUCAGUGAGAAAUGACCAAAUUCAACUUUUCUUGGUUAAAACUGAUGGAUUUUCCCCCAAACUGUGUUCACCAAAAACACUAGCUAGCAUGAGGAUGCUCCCAUUCAGCGUCAAACUUUUCCACUAUUAACAUGCUUAACAUGUGUGGAAUGAGACUCAACUCUUCACGUUAACAACAUGGAAUCAGAAUCAGACGCCACAGGAAGUCGGGAUGUCUCUGUCUCCAGAGAACUUAGAGGGAAAAAAUCCUGUCCUCUGCCAGAAGCUGUAGCCUGGUCACUUAGUGGAUGUUAAGUGGUCAAUGUUGUUGAUCUGGUACAAUCACUCCUCUUCCUUGGCCUUGUUGCAUUGUGGGACUUUGACACGACUAACCACCGGAUGUUCAGUCAGGUGGAAAGACACUGGACAUGAACCAGGAAAACCAAACGAGGAUUGACGAAGACUCGGAGCGCUCUCUGUGUACAGUGACCAAUGAUCACCAUUGUUUAAAAAAAAAAAAAAAAAAACUUUCUUUGUCUUAUGAGGUAUUACUUCAUUUUCUUUUACUGUCAAAACCAAACAUGCUGCUUAUCUUGUGUAUGCUGUACGUGUGACUCUGGAGGAUCGAAGGAAACUGACGCAAAUGAAGACGCCAUCGUCACUGUCCCGCUCACAACCACCAGGGGGAGAUGACAACGAGUGCAUCAUGCAUGUCAUCGUCAUCCAUCUCCAUCUCCUCCUCCUCCUCCUCUUCGCCCUCCUCUUGUUUCCAGCCUUGUCUUUAACUCCAUCUUACACUGAAGACACUGAAGUUGUGGCAGACGCCUGUUGCAGUUACAAAGCUUUACGUUCACGUGAUUGAAAAAACAAAAUGGCCUCUAGUUCCGAUGUUCGUGUUUGGUACCAGUUGGAGAAAUCAAAUAGAUGCUUUAGUUUUUGUCCUCUGUUUAUAGGUGGUGUCUAUGUGGGUGACACACAGCCACACCAGGCGGCCAUGUUGGAUCUCAACAGCCCGGUGUGACAACAAAUCCUUUGGUACUGAAUACUUCACUCACACAUCACUUUAGCAAAGUAAAAAAAACAUGGGAGGAAAGAAAAGAAACUUGAAAUAAAACAAACUCCACAACAGCUACAGGUGGAUGCACCAGAGGAAACUCUAGAGUCUGGUUCCUCGGAAGGAAAAGCCCGGAUCAGUGCUUUGGUUUUCAAGACGUGAACGGAUUCUGUGAACGGAGGUUUUCCGGUGGCUGUGCACAAAAACCGGAACGUUGGACAGAACUGUGUGUAAUCUUUUCUUAUUUCUGAUGAAAAAAAAAGCCUUAUUGUUAUUGUAACAUUAUGGAACAUUAAUGUCGUAUUAUGCCAACUUAUUUUACAUGACAUAGUUGACUUUUUUAAUUUAGUUGUUUGUUUGUUUUUUUGUUUCAGUUAUUUUUUUUAACAAAGAUGAUGUAUCAGGAUUUAAAAAAAAAUAUUAGCAGAAAAAGAGAAAUGCUUAUUUGUUCAUGUUACGUUCAAAGACAUUCUAUUUUUUCACUGUAGAAAAUGUUGUGUAGAACAAGUCCGAGUGUGUCCGUGUGCAUAUAUGUAGUUAUAUAUUUAUGCGCCGCAUAUGCAUAUAAAUAUAUACAUGUGCACUCACACCUACAUAUACAGUAUAUUUAAAAAGCAGAAUAUGAAAUAUAUCCAAAAAUCUUAGUAUGAUUUCAAGUUUUUUUUUCCUUUUAUACCAGCCAGCGCUCAUGUUUGAAAAUAUAAUUUUUUUGUUUUUUAAAAAUAUCUAAUUUUCCUUUGGUUUGUGCGUUUAUUUUUGUAAUCCUUAUUAAACUUUGUGCGUUUCUUUAGUCCCGCCAGCAGAGGUCAUAUUUAGCCCUAUGCCUGAGACCUUUGCCCCCACUCACCAGUGUCUAACCUCUACCCUCAGGUAGAUCCUGUGCCGAUAAGGAGAUGCCAUUUUAAUGUCUUUUAUUUUCCAACCUUAACAAUCAAAAAAACAAAAAACUGAAUUAAUAUGAAUGACCUUAUGCAGAGAAUGACCCUCGCAGCCUUGAACGUUCUCAGAUUUAUUUUAGUUUUUGUCAUAAUGUGAUCAGUCAUUUUUGUUAAAAAAUAUACACUAUGGUCUAGAAUAUACCUGUAAAUAAACAAAUAUAUAGAUUAUAUGUAUUUGUAUCAUUUGACCCUCGAGAUUCUGCCCAUGUAUGGGUGAAGAUCUACAAAGUUCGAAGUUCUUCUCCCCCCUGACCUCCUGAUGCUUUUUUUGUUUUGUUUUUGUUUUUGUUUUUGUUUUUUAUUUUGGACUCCACCCAGCUCUGCUCUCUGGUCUUUAAUGGAUAUUUUUAACUGCAAAUUAUGGGAAACAUGUUGUUAUUUCAGCUUUAGGAUAUUUGGAAUGAAGUGGACUAAAGUCCUCAGUGCAUUAAGACUAAAGCGAUGUCAAAUAUGGUUGUGUUCCAGGGUUAGACCACAGAAUUCCAGGUUUCCCAAAAUUCCCAGCUGCUCCUGUGACGAUAUGACGAGAUCAUUUCAUCUACGGCUAACGGAGAUGAAGAGCAGACGUAGAUCAGCUCCCCUCCUGUUAAAUCACACAUCGUGCUUUUGUUCGACCGUGUUUCGUUAUAGGAUGCAGAAAGAAAUCAGGACACGGUGAAUCACAGACGGUGAAUCACAGACAGUGAAUCACAGACAGUGCAUCCAAUGGGAAGACCAAGAAGUCCAACCAAAAGAAAUACAAAAAAACAAAAAAAACUGCUGCAAACUCACAUCUUAACCACAUCGCUUCUGAAGAGCGGGGAACUGUUUUCAGAGUGAACUCAAGUCUUGAACCCAGGACUUUUCCGACUCACUUCUCACAGACUUGGUGAACUGGACCCACUCCAGAAGUGGAAGUGAGGAAGUCUUUUGGAAGCUCGUGCAACGUGUUACUUCUUUGACUUUGUGUAAAAGAUGCUAGUCUUUUAAAAAAAAAAAAAAAACAUCUGACAAUUUCCCUGGAAUAUCACUCCGAAUAUUUGGUCGGGAGGGAAGGAGGGAGAAACAGAAACAAACAUCACUAAAAAAAAAAUUGACAUUAAAAAAA